GAUUGUUAAUAGCUCAAUUUUGAGUUGAUUAUCACACAUCUGAAUCUGAAAAAUUCUUUAUACAGAAUUUUAGUUUUUUUUUUGAAUUUCUUAAAACAAAUUUUCAUUGAUUGAUUUUUGAAUCAAUAAAUUAAUUAUGGCUCAUACAAUAGUCCUAUUUCAGCCAGGAAAAUUAGAAACACGUACUUAUUGGGAUUUUGAAUCAUUGAAUGAUGCACUCGAAUAUAUUUGCCAUCUUUAUGAAUUACAUUUAAAAGAAGAUAAUCCUGGAUUGACAACAAUUACCUAUGAUAUCUCACAGCUAUUCGAUUAUCUUGAUUCAUUAACCGAUCUUAGCUGUUUAGUAUUUCAACGAGCCGCAAAUCUUUAUGCACCAUUUCCACGUGAUUGGAUCAAAGAGAAAAUAUUUAUCUUUUUAAAACGUGAAGCAAGUAAAAAUUCAAAUACAAAUAAAAUGCAAUCAUAAUUUAGGUAUAGGUCACAACAUUUUCAAAUUUCA